UGUGUUGCGCGACCCAUGUCUCGCGAUAGGAUCGCCUGCCGUGGCCUACUUGCGACUUGAGUUUCGGUUUUUGGAUUGUUUUGUUUUGUUUUUGACUCCGAAUUCCCGUUAGUGAUUCGAGGUUAUGUUACUGGGGACGAUGCACGAAGAUGGCCUGCAGCUCACCGCCAAAUCCCGCGCCACUGAUUUCUCGAUCGCUGCCAUCAUGGCGCGAUCGGAUCAGGAGAAACAGCUGACCAAAGGCGCCGUCAAUGUGAUCAAACAGCAAGCGUUAAUAGAUCGGCUGUCGCUGCACCAACCGACGUCGGGGCCCGGAGUGCGCGGGCGGGGCGCGGGUGGGCGGAGCGGGAGCGAGGAGAAGAGCCUGUCGUCGGGCGGCGAGGACGAGGACGAGGAGAAUUUGGAGGUGGACGUGGAGGAGUGCUCCGACUCGGAGUCCGGGGCGCCGGGGCCGCGGGGGAGUGGGCGGGCGGGGGCGGGGGCCCAGCGGAAGAGCCGCGACUCGGACGACGCCGAUGCGGACGCCGACGCCGACGCUGACGUGGACGCCGAGGCGGAGGCGGAGGGCACCGACGAGGAGAAGGACGCCCCGACCAAAGUCAAGAUGAAGACCCGCUGCAACUGCCAGGAGCUCCUCGUCGCCGAGUGCCACCUCGAGAGCAAGGAGCUCUGGGACAAGUUCCACGACCUCGGCACCGAGAUGAUCAUCACCAAAACUGGAAGACGAAUGUUCCCCACUGUGAGAGUAUCUUUCGAAGGUCUCCGACCGGACCAGAGGUACGCCAUCCUCAUGGAUAUAGUGCCAGUGGACAAUAAAAGAUACAGGUACGCUUACCAUAGAUCCUCGUGGCUGGUCGCCGGAAAAGCAGACCCGCCCGCCCCACCUCGGCUGUACCAGCACCCUGAUUCACCAUUCACCGGUGAGCAGCUUCGAAGACAAGUCAUCACAUUCGAAAAAGUCAAACUAACCAAUAACGAAAUGGAUAAAAAUGGGCAGAUUGUUUUAAAUUCAAUGCACAGAUAUCAACCUAGAAUACAUUUAGUCAAAUGGAGGGACCAUGGUGGUCCAAUUGUCGACCUAGAGGCUGAACAGUUUAGGACGUAUAUUUUCCCCGAAUGUGUUUUCACGGCUGUCACAGCAUAUCAAAAUCAAUUAAUAACCAAAUUGAAAAUUGACAGUAAUCCUUUUGCAAAAGGCUUCCGUGAUUCUUCAAGGCUGACAGAUUUUGACAGGGACCCGAUCGACUUGAUGCUGAUGGAGCAGCACUUCCUUCGAUCCCCUCUGCGGCUGUACACGGAGAUGGACACGGAGAACAACAACGGGAACAUCUUCGGGGGCGCCGGUCUCAUGGAGAAGGCCCGCGCCCACCUCCAGCUCUGGGGCCGCGCCGCGCCGCCCUGCUCCCCGGCGGACCUCCACGCCAUGCUCCUCCCCUCCGGCCCGGGCGGCGUGCCCACGAGGAUACCCCUGCCGGCCCACCUCUGGGCCAGCAGCCCCCCCAGCCCAUGGACGCCCACCUCCAACGCCGCCACCUCGCCGCACAGUGGGCUACCUCCGGGACUUCUCGGACCGCCCCUCCCACCCUCCAACCAGCUCACCCCGCCGCCACCCACCACCCCCUCUAGUUCCUCCGGCUCCCCGUCACCCUCCUCCGACCUCAGGCUACCUAGGCCCAUGUUCCUCGCCCAGCAUAGAUAUAGUCCUUACCAGAUAAUGCCCAAGAGGAGUCCGGAGCAGGUCAUCGCUGCCGGAACCAGGAAUUAAGUUCCCGAGUAUAAUUUUCCCCUGCCUACAGCUCAUUUCCGCAAAACACACGAAGAUGGAUUUUCUCAAUGGUCAGAUUAACCAUUCUGUCACGUAUACUGACAGAUUAUCGAAUUUUGAAGACCUAAAUUUAGUUUUGCCCGUGUUUGAUGAAAGAUCCUAGCAUUUUCAAAAAAAAAAUUGACGAAAGUAACAAUUUUUCUUGAAUGUAAAUUUUUCACCUACUUUUUUACUGUCAACUUUUAUACAAUCUCUAUUUUAAAACAACAGGUAUUUCAGUGCUAAAAACUUUGAAAAUAAUCUUGACCUGAUCAAAAACUUGACAAAAAAAGUUUACAUAUUUGCCUACUCACUCGUCAAACAUCAGCUCAACUUUUCAAACUCAUUAUAUUCUUUUGUACACACCGAUAGGUUUCACAUAUACUGGGUAUUGGGUGUUAUUUUGUAGUCCUGGAUUGAGAAGUUGAAGUUUAGAGAUUCGAGAAUUGACGGAAUGUGUGUUAUCGUUUUCAUUUUGUUACGCGGAAGAAACUUCGUGUUUCGUUUGUCAAUUUUUAAACCCCCUCCCCCUCCAUAAGAAAAGCUGCUCGGAAAAAACAUUACAACCAAAGAUAAUUACUCCCAGGAAUCGAAUGUAUAAUUAUUGUUCUUGUUGUAAAUAGUCACCACUCUGUCGUGUUGUCUUAAAAACGGAUUUGUGUUUCCUGAAAUACACAAAACGAUGUACAUAAUACUACGAGACUCGCAGUUUUUGACGUUGUAAUUCUAACUUUCAAAUCGAUGAAUUGAAUGACUUUCCCUUGUAUAUACAUUAGAUGGCUUUUUAUGCAGUUACGUUACCUGCCAAUCUAUGAUUUUUCAACUAUACUUUUUGAGAUCGUUUGACGUAUCAACUCUUUAGAAAGUCUAUUUUAAGAGCUCUUUACUUAAGGCUCAACUUAUUCGUGUACUUUGACGGGAAUUUGAAGUUUUCAGUCAAAAAAGAAAUUGAAAACCGCAUGACUCUCUUUCAAAGAUCUUACAGUUAGGAUUAAGACCUCUUUUCCCUCAUGUAAUAUAGACUUUAGUAUGAAAUAAUGUGUAAAUAUGUACAGAGGAUACUUUUUUUAAACAAUCAAUUCGAAACUUAAAUACCCGUGUAGAUGGAAACCAAAGAAGUAUAGGCGAAUAUAAUGUUUUAGCUGAAUUGAAAUGGACAUUUGUAAAUUCCGUUGGAAGAAGAGUGUGAUUUCUAAAAUUACUUACAAAAAUUGAUUAGAUCUACUUAUAACACUUGAAGUUUAGAAAUUGAAAUUUGUCACGAUUCAUCUCAAAAAGCACCAAAAGAGAACUUGCCUCAGUAUCUCAACAUUUUAAUAAUUCUAUAAGUCUAUCCAAAACUGAAGAUUUCCACGGAGGGCUAAUUUAAAGUACCAAUAAAGGUAGUUAGUUGCUAGUGGUACUUUAUACCCCGCGUGUUUUUUCCAACGUAUGAAAAUAUUGAUUCAGAUAUUGUCAUGCAUAGAUCUCUUCGAGUGAUUAUGCUACGUAAGUAACUCGUAUAAUAUUGGUGUCAAGUUUAGUUCAAAAACUCUCGUAGUCGAUCCCAAUUUUUUUACUUUGGAGAUCAUUUCAACCUAAACUCAUACUUGUAAGGCCACGUCGAACUCGUUGACCUUUUUCUUGCAAGGUUUGCAAAUGCACUUGUUCAGUAAAAAAUCAAAAAUAAAAAAUCAAAGAAAAACAAAAAAACCAAAUAUUAUUUGAAAGCCUAAUACCAAAAUGACUAAAAACGACCAAAUUAUUGGAUACAAUCCGUCGGUGAAUACAAACUUUAUAAAAAUGGAAAAAGGAAAACUAAAUGUUUCUCCAACAAUUCUCCUGAGUUUUGCAUCAAGCUUUACAAUUAACCGAAACAUUGAAAAAAAAUGGUAACAUCCACUGUAAUGUCUACUUGAUUUUUCAGAACAGUGAUACUAUUUAGUGAAAAUAACGUAAAUAAUAGUAGUAUUUACCAGAACUCUGGUGAUACUCACCAUAAUAUGGUAAACGCUAUCAUAGAGUCUGGUGUUUAUUACCAUACUCAUAUUACUGUGUCUGAGUAUGGUAAAAUCAAAUUUUUUACAGUGAAAUUAUGGCUGCCAUUCUUUGAAUUGGUUUUUUGGCAUAUAAGCGUCUACCAUAGUUCUGCAAGAAAAGGAAAAAGAGACUUCUACGUGGCCUCAUGUGUACAGGCAUCAACACCUUGUUAAAAUUAUUUUAUUUCUAUUAUUAUCAUUAUUGUUGUUGUUGUUGUUUUGUUGUUAACUGCUAUUUCUAUGUAAAAAGUAUGUCUUAUAAUUUUAUUUCAGUAGAGUUAUUUGGAUCCAGUCAACUCAAAUAUGUGAAAAAGAAGAAAAAAAAAUACACAGAGCUAACAAACGGCCAACGAAGGUCAAAAAUUAUUUCGCGUAGUCCGAUUCUUUCCAAAGCCAGUGCGCUUGAAAUUGUUUUUCUUACGUUUAAAAAAAGAUAAGAGUUUAAGUAUUUUUUGGCACAUCCAGUUUAAUAAAUGUCUCAAUACAAGAAUCUUAAAAUUCCUCCGAGAAAUCCAGGAUCCAAGAAAUCCUUUAUCUUAAUUUAAUCUAAUUUUUCGAUAAUUUAAACAUCUGGAAUUUUCAAUUCUUCAAGAUGUGAUAAAUUCCGGUUAAAAUGGAAGUUCAUGUAAUCUGAUACACAAUAAAAUGAAAAUAUGCCACAAGUCUUUUUAUGAUAAGUUAACUAAAAAUUUCAGAUUCCUGUACUACUUAUUAGGAAUUUUAAUAUUUGUUCAUAUUUUUUUCCGUGUACCUACCCUCUUUUUUCUCAAACAAAGAUUUUGUCACUGACUCCAACAACUUACUGGUUCUUAACUGGAAGUUAAUCUUAAUCAUCCAGUGGAAGGUCCGAUUCCAAGUUCAAAGAUCUUUUCAUUGGUGAGAAAAUAAAUCAUAGUUUGCUGGUAAUUGUUAAAAACAUUUGCUAAACAAGAUAGAGGGAAAGUAAAGAUCUCAUAAUAUUUGUAUCUUUGUUUUUACUAUACUCUUAGUGCAAUCCUCUUAAUGCGUUACCGUCGUUGUUUUAAAUCAUAACAACAACGAUGGCAUGCAUUUUAGUUCGUAAGGUUAAUUUUUUUUUAAAAUUAUGUGUGAUGUAAUUAGAGAUUUACAUCUUAUAUCGUUUCCCUCUGGAAGUUACUUUUGAGUUGAUUGAAGCUUAAUAACAGUAAGAAAUGUAUUUUUUUAUUGUGAUUUAGUAUAAUAAUGUCUAUGUUAUUUUAUGUUUUGUUAGUGUUCUUGGAAAUUCACGUUGUUAAAAUUAGAGGAAAAAGUUAUCCUUUUUAAACUUGUGCGAGAACUUAACAAUUUUCUUAAGCCUUACUCUGUAAGAUUACAAACUUUAUAUUUUGUUCCUCAAUUCAAGAAUUUGAAAAUGAAAAAGAAGAAGAAAAAUAAUAAUAAAAGUAUUGAUAAAAUUAA